AUGUCGUCAUCGAAGCUCCAGUCAAAUGAACUCAACAGGCUUCUUAAAGGCGCAGGCGCCGCUAAAAACAAGCGUAACGACUGGUUUUUCAUCCCCGGUUUCCCAAAGCUGAUGCGUUUCCAGGAGCACCAUGACCGCGUCCUCAAGAAGAUGAUGCCCAAACUGAAACAGCACCUGGACAACCAAGAGGUGUUCACCAGUCUCUACACCAUGAAGUGGUUCUUCCAGUGCUUCCUGGACAGAACUCCCUUCACCCUCACCCUCAGGAUCUGGGACAUCUACAUCUUGGAGGGGGAACGAGUGCUGCCCAGCAUGUCCUACACGAUCCUCAAACUGCACAAGAAGCACCUGAUGAAGCUGUCCAUGGAGGAGCUGGUGGAGUUUCUGCAGGUGACUUUGUCCAAAGAUUUCUUCUUCGAGGACGACUUUGUGAUCGAGCAGCUGCAGGCGUCCAUGACGGAGCUCAGGAGGGCGAAGCUGGAGCUGCCCGCACCAGGUAAAGACGAGGAAUUUCCCAAGAAGCCCUUAGGGCAGCUUCCUCCUGAGGUGGCGGCAGCAGCGGUGAACCACGUGGCCAACGGUCAAAGCCACGCUGAGCCAGUCGAGCCUCCCAGGGACCCGAGUCCUUUACCAGACCGCCAGCGGGACAGUCGGCCCCCGAGCCGGUCACGCCGGGACUCGCUUGAGAAAUCGAUCCGCCGCCAUAGGGGUGACAGGAGGGACGCCCGCUCCAGGGGGUCAGGGGAGAUCCCCAAUGAGCAGCAGAGGCAGUCAACGUCCACCACGCCCGAGAGGGGAGUGACGCCGACAUCAGCCCCCACCCCUACGCCGCAGCUCAUCACAGGGGAUAGAGGGCGGCCUCAGAGCCACGCCACCGCCAACCACAAUUCCAACGCCGCCUCCAGCUCUCGCAAAGAAAUCACUCCGCGCUGGGUCAAACCCUCCGAGAUGAAGUUGGAGGCGUUCAAAGCAGCAGCGCGGGAGGGGCCGCUGAGCAGAGGGGCCUCGCCGGCGCCAUCCAGCCCUGAAGAUGGUGCUCUGCCCCACCGCCGGCCGCGCUCCAAGGGCUUCAUCCCCGGCGCUGACCGAGGUUCCAACGCCUCCCAGUACGACAACGUACCCGGGCUGCCAGAGCAGGAUUUUGAGAUCCUGGAGCUCGACAGACCUCCGUCCAGAAUGAGGACCCCUCGCAGUGAGACGCCCUUCAGUGUGUCGUCCCUCCAUCAGGGCAGCCCAGGCCGCGGCGCCAGCCUGGCCGGGAGCGUCGUCUCCGUCGCAUCAGGACCCAGGAUGACCAAACACCCGCUUCCUCCCACAUUCCCCCACAACAGUCCAGGAGGGGUCAAGGUCGGCUACCCGGUCAGCCAGUACCACACCCCUCCGCAGCAGCACUCCCCGGGCAGAACCACGACCGAAGUCCCCAUCCUCCAUCCGGCGUACAGCGUGAGCCUGGACCACAGAGGGGACGACAGACUCUACACUCCGCCCGCCCGCUUCACUCCACCCACAAAUUUGGUGUACGGGGAACGAGCGUACGCCACCACCCAGCGGCCGACCAACAGCCUCUCCCCAGAGAAGGCGCUCAUGAACAACUCCUACACCACCUACCGCCGGGGGCCGCCACACAACCCCCGAAACGCCAGGCCGCCCCCGGAGCACUCAGUUCAGCUGGAAACCCAGGGCAGCUCCACCCCGAUCUACCUGCAGCAGCUCACCUCCACCGCGCAGGUCUACGCCCCGGUGGACUACAGGUUUGAGGGGCACCGGAGAGGCGAGGCGCACUAUCUGCCGGACGGCGGGCCCCGGCGGCCUGUAGAUGGGCUCCCGUGGGCGCCGGAGGAUGAGCUGUCCCCUCAGUCCCCAGGUGGGAUGCCCCGCUCGCCCAGCUUCCAGCGAGCACAAAUGUCUCCCGUUCAGGAGUUCACUUUCCCCCCGAAACCGGACGGGCUGCUUCACUACAGGACACAGUUCCAGGAGCAGCAGCCCGUCAUGAGGCAGCAGCUCCCCCAGCUGUUCGGAGGACCACACUACAGGCACGCACAGGAGGCGUUUGCCAUGCAGGAGUCCAUGCUGCUGUGAUUGGACGAUAGAAAAAUGGCAACACACUGUAAAAAAUAAAUAAACUGAGGUGUAGUCACUGACACUGUGGUAAAGACGAGCAGUAGUCUCGGCUCUGUUAGGAGUUUAGUUUCUGCUCCGUUGUUCUUUAUGUGUGAAGUACUGACCUUCUGACUGUCUCGCUGCAUCGUAACGUUGCAGGACGCACCAGCCUCCGAUGUUUUUACUGAUCACUUUAAAAAAGAGAGAGAAAAAAACUGACUGAAGAUUUUAUUUUAUUUUUGGAUGUAAAUCACAAACAAGAGGUGACAGUAUAUAUCUUUUAGAGUCUGAUAUGUACAGUGGAUUUCUUUUGUUAAUAUGCUGAGUUGUUAUCAGUAGCAGGGGAGCAAAAAUCUCCUGAAAAAGCAAAACUGAUUUGUUUUCCAUCUUUAUUUUUUUAUAUGUUACUUCCAGAUAUUUACAUUAGAGAUGGAUUUACUCUAUAUGCUUGUGAAUGUUAUUUUUCAAAGAGAAUACUGUGUCCAAUGAUAGAGUUAGAGAGCAGUGAUGAACCGAGUCGCUGUAAGUUUUGAUUUCCAUUUCAAUUUUGAAGCGCCUCCACCGUAGAAAGAGCAGGGUUUUAGUGUUUGUUUUUAGACUUUCAGAUUCAGUUAGGGAUGUCCCGAUCGAGUUUUUUUGUCCCUGAUCGAUCAUUUGAUAUUGAGUCCUGAUCUGAUACUUGUACUUAUCUGAAUAAUACAGCUGCACACUCAAUCCAGUGUAUAUGUAUAUCUAUGUAUAGCUCUGCAAUCCAAACAGUUCCUUAAGGGUUUUUUUUGUUUUACUUUUAUAAAAUAACAAACUAAUAAAACUAAACUUAUUUUUAUAUGGCUCUUAUCAUAACCCCACUUAGUGCAGUAUUAGUUUUGUUUUAUAAAAUAACCAAGUAAACAAAAACGUCUUAAGAAAUUGUUCUCAAUUCCUCUUAGUGCAGCCUUUUUUUUCUAAAAAAGUAAAUAAACUAAAAUGUGUCUUCAGAAAUUCUCUCAGAUGUUAGUGCUGCAAAGUACAGAAAAUUAUAAAUAAUUUAAAUAUUUAAAUUUCCAAGUAGCAUUAUAGCUGAGCAUUAACAUUCUCAGCCACAACAAAUUCAAAUCAGUAACAAUUCUGCUCAUUACAACAUUAUAGUAAAUAUAGUUUACUAAAUAUGAACAACAAAAAAUAACCAUUUUGAUCAGUAAAUGAAUCAGGCCUGACAGCGAUCCGAUCGGGACAUCCCUAGUUUCAGUGAUAAUAUUCCUUCCUGAUUAACUGAUGUGCAAUUAAUCUCUCUUUCAUACGUGAAGUACAGUACGUUGCGUAUUUACACGUAUUUGAGGCCAGUGUAGUUUUUGCUUAAUUUCAAACCCUGAUUAGAAACUCAAGGAAUAGAGAGCUAAUUUGUGAGGGCUAAUAAUAUAUAUUGUUUUGGUUUGAUGGCUUUAAGUCAUCUGAUUUUGCUAUGUAACCAUAGGUAACGUGUUUUUUUAAUCGCUGUACUGUCGUUACCACAUGUCGAGCACAUGCAGCCAGAGACGGAUGUGAACUAGUUUCAGUAUAAGUUUGCUUUUCUUCAUUACGUCUCAUUAUUCUCAACACUGUCAUAUCAACUACUGUUCAGCUGCUGGCACUUCUACUGGCAUACAGAGUCAUCUGGCACACACACACACGCACGCACACGCACACGCAUACGCACACACACACACGCACACGCACACGCACACACACACACACACACACACACAUUACAUGUCCCAAAUGUGUAAAUCACACAUUUCAACAUUUAUUCAGCCACAUUCCCUUUUAUUAUUGUGAUUAUUAUUCAUCAUACUCUGGUUUAAAGCAGUUAUUUUCCUGCAGUAUUGCCGUACUGUUCAUUACAUUCCCUAAGUUAUCUUUGUUUUGUUUUUUUGUUAAAAAAAACUAAUUGCAGAUCAUUCUGAUACUUUGCUUAAUAAAAUGAAGAGGGUGAAAAUUAA